AGACUCACACUCGGAGGCAUAAACUUGAGCUAACAAUAAAACAGUUUGGUUUGCACCACCAUGGACGGUUCACUCUCCGCUGCCGAUGAAGAAUCGAAGCUACCAUCUUCCGGCCAUAAGCGUGGCAGCUGGAGGGCCUUUCCCUUCAUUGCAGCAUCGACGGCGGGAUUGACGGUGGCGGCAGGAGGAUGGAUGAGCAACCUGAUAGUGUAUAUGAUAGGGGAAUUCAACGUGAAAAGCAUCGAUUCUGCCCAAAUAGGCAACGUUGUCUAUGGCUGCACUACCAUGUUUCCGGUCAUUGGAGCUAUCAUCGCCGACUCCUACUUGGGCUCUUUCUCUGUCAUCUGCAUUUCUUCUGUCAUUUCCUUCCUGGGCAUAGUCCUUCUAAUGCUAACCUCAACACUAGACUCCUUGAGGCCACCACCAUGUGACAACAAUGGAUCAACCUUAUGCACCAACCCAACAAAGGCCCAAUAUGCAGUCCUAUACACAGCCCUAGCCCUAGCCAUCGUAGGUGUGGGAGGCACAAGAUUCACCAUAGGAACAAUGGGUGCUGACCAGUUUGACAAUCCCAAGCAACAAUCCAUUUUUUGGAACUGGUUUAUCUUCAUUUUGUACUCCUCUUCAGCAGUAAGUGGCACAGCCAUUGUCUAUGUUGAAGACAAUGUGGGCUGGGGUUGGGGGUUUGGGAUCUGUGCUGUGGUUAACAUUCUUGGGUUAGCCAUUUUUGUUUUUGGGGCACGGUUCUACAGACGGGUUAAGCCCCAGGGCAGCCCGUUCAUGGGUUUGGGUCAGGUUGUUGUUGCUGCUAUCCGGAAAAGGAAUGUAUUGGGUUCGGGCAGAAGUGAAGAUUAUUACCAGAAUCCGGUUGAUGGGGGCACGAAGAUGGUGGCUGCAACACCUUCGGAGUCUUUCAAGUUCUUAAACCGUGCAGCCUUAAAAACCGAAGGAGACAUCCGAGAAGAUGGCUUAAUAGCAAAACUAUGGAACUUAUGCACAAUCCAACAAGUAGAAGAUCUCAAAAGGCUAAUCAGAAUCUUCCCACUAUGGUCAACAGGCAUAUUCUUAACCACCCCAUUGGCCAUCCAAUCCAGCCUAACUACCCUCCAAGCCCUCAGCGUCGACCGCCACGUUGGGCCCCAUUUCAAAAUCCCAGCUGGGUCCAUGACCGUCUUCAUACUUGUCUCCACUUCCAUCUCCAUUGCCGUCAUUGACCGCUUGUUAUAUCCCCUCUGGAAGAAGCUCACCGCUCGAACGCUGACACCUCUACAACGAGUCGGGGUUGGUCAUGUGGCGAACGUGCUGAGCAUGGUGGUAUCAGCCCUGGUGGAGUUAAAGCGGCUCAAGAUGGUUGACGCUCACCACCUUCAAAACCAAACCAAUGGUUCCACUGUCGUACCCAUGUCUGUCUUAUGGCUAGUACCACAGCUAGUUAUUGCCGGUAUCGCAGAGGCAUUUCAUUUGCCCGGCAACGUCGCGUUCUAUUACCAAGAAUUUCCUCCGUUGUUGAAAAGCACGUCGACAGCAUUGGUGGCUCUGCUCAUCGGCAUUGCGUUUUAUUUGAGCACCGCCGUGGUUGGGAUUGUUCGGAGGGCGACACUGUGGUUGCCGGACAAUAUAAAUGAUGGAAGGAUGGAUAAUGUGUAUUGGGUGUUGAGUUCGGUAGGGGUGUUGAACUUUGGCUAUUAUUUAGUGUGUGCUUGGUUGUACAAGUAUCAAGAUGUUGAAGAUGUGGUGGAUGAUGAUGAUGAUGGUUUUAGGUCCAUUGAAUGAUAUAUUUGGGGUUGAUCAAGAGUUCAAUUUGGUGUCUGAUUUACUACUGCAUCUGUUGUUGUGGUGUUGUUUGUACAUAUCCAUUUGUUUUAUGUAUCAAAAUUGAAAAAUGCUAUGUAUUCAGAAUUUGUAUUUUAAAAAUUAUUCAAAAGUGAAGUGUAUGAUGCAAAUUUGUGUA